AAAAACGGUGACGGAAUUGAAACCGAAGCCCCAAAGUGCGGAGCGUCCGUGCGUGUGCCAAAAGCUCCUCAAACGCUGUCGCUUCCCCGCUGGUUCCCAAACGCCCCCGAACAGCACCAGUACUACUUCCCUGCCAGGAUGAUUCCCCGUAGCUAGAGGACCAACAGGAGUCGCGUAGUGGCAGCAGCAGCAACUCCGGCGGCACACAAUCCACACCUCCUCUUCCACAGAUCCGAACGAUUCCAAGGGUAGUUAGUUUGCCAAAGAGGGUGCCCAGUACCUUCCCCCUCCCAUCCAGUACUGGUAGACCACAACUCCUCUACAGAGUACCUCGUGUAGACGACAUAGGGUAAAAGGAUUCGAGUAAACGAGCAUGAAAAAGCAAAACGUACGGACCAUCUCGCUGAUCGUGUGUACGUUCACCUACCUGCUAAUCGGUGCCGCCGUGUUCGAUGCCCUCGAAUCAGAGACGGAGAAGAAACGCUGGAAGGCGCUCAGUGCAAUCGAAAAUGUCCUCAUCACACGGUACAACAUCAGCUCGGAGGACUUCAAAGUCAUCGAGACGGUCAUUAUGAAGUCGGAACCGCACAAGGCCGGCCAGCAGUGGAAGUUCUCCGGUGCGUUCUACUACGCCACCACCGUGCUGACGACGAUCGGGUACGGCCACUCGACGCCGACCACGGUCAGCGGGAAGAUCUUCACGAUGUGCUACGCCGCGAUCGGCAUCCCGCUCGGCCUGGUCAUGUUCCAGAGCAUCGGCGAGCGGGUGAACCGGCUGAGCAGCGUGAUCGUGCACGCGAUCAAGACGUCCUUUAACUGCAAGAAAGCGAUCGCGUCCGAGGUCGACCUGAUACUGGUGGUGACGACGCUCAGCUCGCUGACGAUAGCGGGCGGGGCCGCCGCGUUCAGCAAGUUCGAGGGCUGGAGCUACUUCGACUCGGUGUACUACUGCUUCAUCACGCUCACGACGAUCGGGUUCGGCGAUAUGGUGGCGCUGCAGAAGGACAACGCACUGAACAAGAAACCCGAGUACGUGGCGUUUGCGCUGAUCUUCAUCCUGUUCGGGCUGGCGGUGGUGGCUGCCUCGCUCAAUCUGCUCGUGCUGCGGUUCGUGACGAUGAACACGGAGGACGAGAAGCGGGACGAAGCGCAAGCCAUACAGGCACUGCAAAUAGCGGUCAAGCUGGACGGUGACAUCAUCACGGGCAACACGGACAGCGUAGACGAGCGGUGCUACGAUCGCAUCUCCGUCAUCAACCCGCUCACCGUGUGCCACAACUGUCCGACCAAGUUCGACAUGGCGCCGGAGCCCAACGGCUGCUACAUCGAGACGAACUAUCGCUACCCGCUGAUGGAUUGCGAAAUGACGCAGCUUCGUUCGCCGGCCGGCUUCAAUGGACCCGGGAACGGUAACCACGGGCAGCAGCAGCGGAUGCAGCCGCCGCUGCACGACUUUGAAGCGGACGACGAUGGGCUGAUACGGCCACUGCGGUACGAUUUCCAUCCCAACCGGGGCCGGGCAUCGGUUUGAACAAUGAUGACCCUUGCGACUUUACACACACACCAAUGAAACUCACACAUCCAAAACACACACACACACACAAGCACAGUCACCACCACCUGGAGACAUGGGUGGGGAAGGUCAAUUAGUGGCCGCGAAUCAUCAUCUUCCUACUCUAGCUACUUUUGUAAGAAAUCAUCCCUUCACUAUGCGAGAAUGCGUACGAAUUGGUUUAUAUAAGCGUAAUACAUAAGAGAGAGAGAAAGUAAGAGCGAGAGAGACCGCGUGUGCGUACACGUGGUCGCGGCGGCGGUUGAUCAAAUUUUAGCAAUGAUAAAGAUAAAUUUAAACAUUCCGGGAACAAUCGGUGUUGAUGCGUUACUUGAAAUAAAGUGAGAAAAAUAAAUAUAUACGCACACGCAGUGCGCGCGCGCCCAGCAAGAGCCAUCCUUUGCGCAAGCAAGAGCCGUUC